CACGACCGCAGCGAGCUAGCUAAGUUUGAACUCGCAGUAACUUCAAUGAUAUCCUAGCGUCUACGCCACGGUGACCUUGAUGGGCUCACAGCCCAUUCAUAAGAGCUAAGAGGGCGCAUGAUGUGUAAGCGAUGAGCUUGCAGUCCUUUAAGUACAUAUUGGCAUCGAUGGCUACAUUCUGGACCUAUGACUAUGCAUGUUCACUUCAUGAAGAGUGGACAUUUUUACUUCGGUCACGCUGGAACAAGAUGAAAGGACUCUAUAUCAUUACACGAUACCUCCCCUUUAUCUUUCUGGCCACGGAUCUAUUCAUGUACUUUACCCCGAACGAGAACUCAGGCAAAUGCCGGGUGCUGGAAAAUACUCAAUCAGGUCUUGGAAUAGUAUUAGUCAUUGUCUCCGAAAGUUUUUUUAUCCUUAGAACAUAUGUACUCUGGAACAGAAGUAGAAUCUUGCUCGUAGCCAUCUUGUUCACCUCUUUCACCUUUCUCGUAGCAUCCUUCUGCAUUGUCUUCGCCGCUGGCGUCCCCGCAGCAUAUACGACUAGCGCGAUCCCGGGAAUCACAGGGUGCUACCGGAAUUCUACCAGUUUCCAGUACGUCGUAGCAUUCCUUUUCCUUUCCGUGUUCGAACUGGGACUCAUGGUGCUCACGCUCAUAUGCGCCGUGCAGAACUGGCGGAUAAACCGAAGCCGUCUGUACGUUGUCCUGGUGAACCAUAACAUAUCCUAUUAUGUAUGCGGUUUUCUGCUCUCGGUAACGAACAUCUCCGCAUCGCUGCUCCUCCAGGACUCCUACCAAACCUUUUUUUAUAAUUUAUCAUACUUGCAAUUCUUGCCACGCGCAUGCACCUCCAUCUCUGGCAGGUGAAUCGACAUCCACACGGCUCUACUAGCAACCUCGUGCAUCUUCCAAUGUCCGACAUUUCAUUUGCAAAUCCCACGGCGUGAUUGUCUUAUCCCGUGGCUUAUUCGGUGUCGUUCGUGGAGCGAGGUUUGGACCGUACAAGAUGACUAGUGGGAGACGGUUGGGUAGAGUUGGUUACGUGCUCAACCCGAUAGAAUGAGUCUGUCCCCGGGGUGGUAGUAGCAUUUGGGUCCAUUUAACACCCGUAGUUUUCACUGUAAGCGACGGCGGAUUUGAGUGUGCUAGUGCCAAACGCA